AUGGACCGGGCCAGAAAGCUCGAGCCGCUGGCCAAGCUCGAGCCGCUCAGCCCUCGGCGCCCGUCGAUGAUGGACCCGGCCUUCAUGAAGGACGCCAUCCCGCUGGUCCCCGCCGGCGCCAGGCCGUCCAAGGGCCCCUGCGUCUGCUCCGGCGACGCCGACCACGGCGGCAUGCGCUGGCGCAAGCUCGCCAGCGACGCCGAGCGCCAGGCCAUGCGCUUCUUCGUCGAGUGCAUGCUGCCGCCGCAGCUGCAGCCCAAGGGCGAGCUCGGCGUCGGCGACGAGGCCGCGCGGUUCUGCGACCGGCCGGCGUGCGUCUUCGCCGCGUUCUCCGCGUGGUGGCGCGACUGCGGGCGCGCGGAGUUCCUCGGCCCGGACGACGGCGGCGCGCUCGGCGCCUACGACUCGGGCUGGACCGACGAGGCGCCGGAGGAGACGAAGGCGUCGACCUUUGGGAGGACGGCGGCCAUGGUCGCGGAUCGUUACGUGAACGACGGCGGCCAGCGCGGGUCGCUCGUGGCGCAGAUCGCCCGCGGCGGCCACGGCCGCUAUCUGGUCGUGCACGUCGUCGGCGCCGCGAAGCGCGAGGGCCAGACCCCGGAGGAGACCGCGCGCGUCUUCGCGCCGCUGGUCGACGCCGCGAAGCGCCGCGGCUUCGACGGCGCGGCGCUCGCGCUGGUGGGGCCGGGGACGCCGGAGGCGCUCCACGGCACGCUCCACGAGGAGGAUUCCUUGGCCAUCGCCUACGCGAAGACGCUCUACCCCGAUUUUCUGGAGGCCGCGGCGCCGCGCUUUAAAGGGCCCGACGUCGUCUUCGCGUUUCAUGCGGCGCUCUACGGCCACGCGCAGUGGAAGCGGACCAUCGCGCGGCUGCUGUACACGCCCGCCGUGUUGGCGAUCACGGCCUACUCGCUCCACGAGGCCGCGUUGGACUUCGAGACGCUCCAGGACAUCGCGCUGGACACGGGCAACGGCAACGUGACGGCGCUCGUGCCCGCGAAGCCGAACCCCUUCGGCGCGACGUCCGCGCGGACCGAGGGCCGCGCGCCCAACGGCCUGUGGAUGGACGACAACCUCGCCAUCACCGUCGUCCAGGGGGCGGCGCCGGACAUUUAA